AUGAAUAUUAAAGAAGACCAAAAAUUAUUUAAUGAAAAAUUGUGUGGAGAGUUGAGAAAAUUACGAGGUUACAAAAUUAUUCAAAAUGUAUUCAGAGUUAAAAAAAAAAAAAAAGAAAAAAAAAAGGGACUUUUAUAUAAUUUAAUUGAAUUAAAAUAUGUAAAUAAAAUACUAUAUCAGUUAUAUUUUCAUAAAAAAUGUAUGAAAAAAUUUAUAAAUGGUGAUAAUUUGCUUUGUUAUACAAACAAAAUCAUCCAAAUUAAAAAAGAUAGAAAUAUAAUUGUAAAUUUCACAGAUACGAAUAUUGAAGCAUCGUUUCAUUUUAUAAAUUGCGAUAAAAAUUUUUAUAUCUUUUGUAAAAUUAAUCAUUAUGUUAAUAAUGAAUUAUUUAAUUGUAAUAGUACAUCUUCAAUUAUUCUAUUUUUGUAUGAAUCAAAUUAUAAUAAAAACAAAACUUUUAGUAAAUAUUUAAACAACUCUUCUAAGUUAAACAUAACGGAUAAACAUUUGAGUAAAUACUUACGCAAAAAUAAUUUCUUUAAUGAAAUUAUUAAAGAUACACCUACUACUAAUACUAAUAAUAGUAAUAAAAAAUACAAUAUAGAAAAUAAAUAUUCUUUAAAAAAUAGAACAUCUGUUAAUAAAAAAAUAAGUGAAAGAAAUAUAUCUACUAAAAAAAUUGUUGAUCAUUAUCUUUUAUUAAUUAAUUAUUAUGUAAGUUAUAAUAAAAUAUUACAUUUUUCUUUUUUUCAUACACUUCAAAAAAUUUUAUAUAAAUUUUUAAAUGAUAAAAACUUAUAUAAAAAAAUUUAUAAUUAUAACCGUAAUGAUAAUAGAGGUUGUGAUAAAAUUAUUAAUUUAACUAAUGCAAGUGAUUAUCAUAAAUUUAACAACUAUGAAUUUACUUUUGAAAGUGGAAGAAAUGUAAAUCAUAGUAAAAAUAAAGUAGAAUAUGACACUAUAAAGGAUAUAAAAUUAAAAACUCUUCAUUUCAUUAAAGAAAAAAGAAAAUUUAGUUAUUUUUUAUAUAUUUUUUGUAACAAAUGUAACUCAACUAAAAAAGUGAACAAUUCUCUAAUAAAUAUAAAGAGAAGUUUGAAAAAAAUUACUCUUUCUUUAGAAAAAAAUAAUAAAAUAUAUAUAUAUAGCAAUGUCCUGAAAAAAGAAAAAGAGUUUUUUUUAACUUUUAAUAAUAUUAAUAAAUGUUUUUUUAUUUUUAUAUCUCCUAUUUUAUUAUAUUUUAAUAACAAAAAUUAUAUUUUUUUAAAAAUAAAUACCAAUAUAAAGAAUGAAAUAAAUAUCCAUUUGAUAUUAGAAUUUAUGAAUGAGUUAUUUCUUCUAAUUCGUGAGAUGUAUUUAAAAAAAAAGUUGAUAAAAAAAUUGAAAAAAUAUAUUUCUAAUAGAACUUUAAAAGGUUAUUUAAAUUAUAAUUCUUUUAAUAGACAUAGAAAUGAAAAAAGAGAAAAAAAAAAAUAUAUAUAUACAUUUCAUAGUAUUCUGGAUAAUUUUUUUUUAGUACAGGAAAAUUAUCAUAUAAAUAAUAAAUUAUUUCUUAAAAUUAAAAAGCUUUUUGUUAAAAUUAAUCCAUUAAAUAAAAAUGUUAUUUUAAAUUUCAUUCAAAAGAAGUUUGAAAAAUUGUGUGUGACUGCUGAAGAAUUACUAAAGUGGAAUUGGAAGUUUCGAAAUGUUAUUUUAUCUAAAAAGGAACAUAUGUAUAUUUAUUUUUUAGAAAAAAAAGAAUAUAAGAAAAUAAUUAAUAAGGAUGAAAAUUUUGUUAAUAAUAUAGGAAACAAUAAUUAUUGCAUUAAAAGUAAUAGCAACAAUGAUAUUAUUUUAUACAACAACAAUUGUAAUAGAUUAAAUCAUAGGAACAAAGAAAUUUUUAAUUUAAUUUGCGUUUUUAAAAUUGUAUCGAUCAAAGAUAAAAUAUUAAAAUUAACUAAAAAUAUUUGUAUAUAUUUUACACACUUUUUUAAUAAAUUUGAAAAGUUCAAUAUCUUUGAUAAAAUAUAUAUAUUAAAACAUUUUCAUUUUAUUAUUAAUAAGUUUCCAUAUCUUUAUAUAUUUUAUAUGGAAAGCAAAAAAUGUAUAUUCUUAUUCUAUAGAAAUUUUAUUCAAUGUAGUAAUAUGUUAAGUAUUAAAAAAUCAUUGAAAGAUAAAUACAAUAAUCUAUUAAAGUUAAAAAAAAAAAAAAAAAAGUUGUUAAAGAAAGUUUUUUUUAAUGAGGAAACUUUUUUUUUCUUAUUAAAAAUGCAGAAACUGUUGUUAUAUUUUUAUUUAUACUUAUUGAGAAAAUUUUUUCGUUUUUCCUUAAAAAAAAAUAAAAUGCAAAAUAAAUUUUCUUGUACGAGAGAAACGAUUUAUGGUAAUUUUGGUACAUUUAUUAAAAAAAUAAAAAAAGAGAAAGAAAAAAUUUAUAUAUAUUUUUUGAAUAAUGAAAGUAUAUUAUUAAACUAUGAAAAUAACAGUAGUAAAAGUAGAAAGGCAUGUAAUUCGUUUAAAAAAAAAGAGAAAGAAAAAAAAAAACUUAUAUUUAUCUCGAAAAUAAUAUGUAUUGAAAAAUAUUUAGUAAAGAAAAAAGAAAAAAGGAUGGAAUUAUUAGACAAAAAUAGUCUUCAUCAUAACGAAGUAAAUUUUAAUAAAAAUAAUAUAAAUAAGAUGAUAGAGAAAGUAGAACUGAAAAUAGAGAUAAAUGAAAAAUUUGAAAAAAAAAACGGAAAUAAAAAUUUAGGUAUAAAAGAUGAGAAUCUUUACAAUUUUUUCAAAUUGAAAAAUAUGAAGAAAACAGUUUGCAAAUAUUUGUCUUAUUUGAUUGAAAAAACAAAAGAAAAAAUUAAAAAAGACGAAAAUGUUUUUUAUUUAAACGUUAAUUUACACAAGUUAAAACUGUUAAAAAUAGUAAAUCAACUACAGAUUGAAAUAAAAACUAUUAUGGAGUAUAUAUAUAAAAUGAAUGAUAACAAUGAAAUUAAUAUUAAUAAUAAUAGAAAAAGAAAUGAAGGGCUAAAUUUUAUUGAUUAUCAAAAAAUAGAUAAAUUGUUACUUUUUAUAAAUAAAAAAAUAAAAAUUAAUAAAAAUUUACGUAUUUUUAAUAUCUCCAAUGAAAUAUUAAAAAAGAAAAUGGAUUUUACGAAAUUAAUUAAAAUAAAUGAUAAAGUAAUACAUAACUUAGUUUUAUAUGAGAAACAAUCAUUCGAUAAAAUAUUUAAGAAAAAUAAAUUACUUUCUUAUAAAAUGACACUUAAUUACUUAAUUUUUUUUAUAAAUGGACAUAUUUCUUAUUCCGCCAAUAUUUUUACUAAUGAUUACGAGAAACUAAAUAAGUCAUAUAACAUAUAUUUUGUAAAUAUAUAUAAGAACGACAUCAUUAAAAAUAAGUUUAUUGAAGAUACUAUGUAUUUUUUAGAGAAUAUAUUUGCAUAUAUAAGUGAUAUUGCUACAUUUAUUAAAAAUAUUAACGUGAAUAAAAAAAAAAGAUUUUCUUUUAAUAUACGCAAAAUAUUUUGUUAUGAAAUACUACAAAAUAAAGGCGUAGUUAGAAAAAUUUAUAAGGGUAAAAAAAAAGGGGAUUUCUUUCUUAAUAUUUUCAUAUUUUUUAAGGAAAAAAUUCUAUUUUUUCAUUCUUAUAAAAAAUAUGAUAAGAAUAAUAAUUUAUUUAAUCCCUUUUUUGUUAAAAUUUUGAAUCAAAAUAAAUAUUAUGAUGUUUUUUUAGAUAGUACAAAUUCUAGGACAGACAAAAAUUGA